AUGCCACUCGUCCUCCCCCUUGCACGCAGGUUCCCUCUCCCUGUUCACACCACUCUCUCUUCUCUGAGAGCAUGGCGCUCCCUCGCUCACGAACAGCGGAAAUCUGUUGGGUUCGUUCCUACUAUGGGGGCGCUACAUGAUGGACAUCUUUCGCUUGUCCGCCGCUCCUUACAAGAAAACGACCUCACAAUCGUAUCCAUAUUCGUAAACCCGACACAGUUUGCACCACACGAAGACCUCUCGACCUAUCCCCGCACGCUCGACUCAGACCUCCAGCUCCUCUCCUCUCUUUUUGUGGUUCCCCCUUCUCAACAUCCACAGCCGCAGCCGCAACUGCAAUCCCAACCGCAAUCGCAAUCGCAGCCGCGCACAGUAGCGGCAGUAUUUGCCCCUACACCGGAAGUCAUGUACCCAUCUGGCUACUCCUCCGCCCAGGGCACGUCCACAUCCACAGGAAGUGGCACAAUCGUCGACCUCCCCUCCCUCUCCCAGCAACUCGAAGGACUCUCCCGCCCUCACUUUUUCAGGGGGGUAAGCACAAUCUGUACAAAACUAUUCAACGCCGUCCUCCCCCAUCGGGCCUAUUUCGGGCAAAAAGAUAUCCAGCAGGCCUUGGUUAUACGAAGGAUGUGUAGGGAUUUGCUAGUGCAGUAUCCGGAGGAGAGGGAGGUGCAUGUCGUUCCUACUGCUAGGGCGGGGGAUGGGCUAGCCCUGAGUAGCAGGAACGCCUACCUCACCCCUCCCGAGCGGGCGCUCGCUCCACAUUUGUACCAAGCGCUCCUAGCGGUGCGGGACGAGUGGACGCGGAACCCUACACGGGAAGUGUUAGGCGUGUUCGAGGGACGCAUGCAGGACCUUGGGCGCAGGGCGCAGGAGGAAGACGUGAGCGUACGGCUGGAUUAUGUGGAGCUUAGUUGGGGGGAUACGUUAGACCCGUAUGAAGGGCCGAGGGAGGGAGUGGUACCCCCGAACCUAGGUCAGGGCGGGCAGGGGGUACGGGAGAGAGAAGGCGAGCAGAGCCUGGAAGUGCAGGGGGGGGCGCCGGUGAUAUUGAGCGCUGCGCUCUGGGUUGGGAAGACGAGGCUGAUCGAUAAUGUUAUAUUGGGGGAUGAUAGGGGGAUCGUUUAUUGACCUCCCGCUCGGGAACGGGAGGGGGAGGGGGAGGGGGAGGGGAGAGGGGGGUGUAGAAUGAUAAUGAUAGUAGUGUAAUGCC